AAACACAGAACCCUAGCUAGGUGUCGCCUGAGAAUGUCGACGUGGCGGAUAUUUCCCGACGAUCGAAACGAUUUCCGAUGGGAAAACGCCGUUCAACAGCUCCGAUUGGAAGAAUUCUCUCCCGCUGUGGCUGAAGACUCUCGUCGCUUUCCUUCCAUGGCGGAUCUAUUGCUUCUAGGUUCUUCGAAGUUAUUGGAGAAUAGGAAGAGCAAUGUGGAGGAGGAGCAGCCGACUUUCCGAACGGGGUUGGGGAAAUCUGUGGAGGUGAAGCACUCGUCAAUCGCCAGAGCACGUUCUGUUCUUGGUGACCUGGAUUACACGUUGAUUGAUUCUGGCCACUUGGAUGGGAGAGAAAAGGUAUCUGCUUCAUUUACACAAAUAUCUAACAUGAACUCGAUGGAAUCAGCUGUUAUGUCAAAGUCUGUGUUUCAUAGUGCAUCAGAAAAUGAUGUUCAUAUGAAAAAUUCCAUGUUUCAGACGGGAUUAGGAAAAACAGUCAGUAUAUCGUCCGCUGGCUUACUUAGGGCAAAAACUCUGUUAGGCCUAGAUGGAAAUUGUGAUCAAGAACAGAGACAGAAACAAUCAAUUUCUUCUGAGCUCCUUUCUUCAGCCAAUCCAUCUCAUUUGGACACCCAGAAACUGAGUAAAUUGAAUUUCAGUAGUUCCACCAAGGCGGGGGCAUAUCCUAGAGUGAAGUCUAGUACUCAUCCAAAUGAAUCCAUGAAUUUUCCGGAAUGCAUGACUGCUGCUGCUUCUGAACUUCCACAAGUCAAAUUUCAAACUGCUGGGGGAAGAUCCAUAUCAGUUUCCAGUGAUGCAUUGCAACGAGCUAAAAACUUGCUAGGAAACCUUGAGGUUGAUUCAUUUUUAAAUGAAGCAAGCACAGCCAAUCCACUGUUCUCAGUAAUUGAUGGAAAACCAAGUUGUUUAUCUAAUAAAAAAGAUGACUUUACUUCACCGUUUCUACACCACCAAGCAAUAGAAAAUGGUGGUCAGCCCUUGAGAAAUUUUUCAUCCUCCCCUAGUUCAAGUUCGUACAAGAGAAACUCAUUUGGUAAGUCUGAGAGGCUACAACCAGGAAAUAACUUGAUUGCACAGUUUGAUGCGGAGGCAGCAGGCAACUCUUGUAAAAGGCAUUAUAAUGGAUUUACUGGAGAGAGAAAGCCCCCUAAGAAAAAAUCAUGCUCAAACAUGGAUGGUUUGGAAUUUGCAAUUCUGCCAAAGAGUGAUCCCUCAAAGGGGUCAUCCAAUACAGCUUUGGUGGAUAUAUCAAAUACUAUGAAUAUAGAUAAUAAGCAAUAUUCUGUAGAGAAGAAAAGACUUCGAGGGAUUAGUUCUGUUUCUCCAUUCAAGAAGCCUCGCAGUUCAUUUGUCACCCCGUUAAAGAAAACUAACUUGUCAGAUACUAAUGUUUUGUCUAGGCCGGCACCAAAAGAGUCCCCGUGCAAACAAAGGGUUUCCUUGAGAUACCCUUCUCAGCGUCUGCGGGUUUAUCUUAAAGAAUACUUUUCACAGCCUCCACUGCAAGAAAAGUUGGGUAACUUGCCAGAAUAUGUGAAGAGUAUGAACCCAGUUGCUGCUGAAAGUUUUACAAUACGGAAUGAAACAUCUUCAGAAUGUAUUGGGCCUGAGGCUUUCUACACAAUGCUAUUGCAGUCAGGAGCUUCUAUCCAACACAUGACCAAAGAGUGGGUCACAAAUCACUAUAAGUGGAUCAUAUGGAAAUUGACCUCCUAUGAAAGAAGCUAUGCUGAAAAGUUUUCUGGAAAACUGUUGACCGUCUCUAGUGUGCUUGAGGAAUUACUGUACAGGUAUGAAAGAGAAGUAAAUCACGGACAUAGAUCCUUAAUCAAAAAAAUGUUAGAUGGUGAUGUACCACCUUCUUCAAUGAUGGUACUUUGCGUUUCCUCUGUCUGUGAAGAUCACGACCCACAGUGUGGAAAUCAGUCUGUUCCCCAGGAAGGUGGCUAUGUUAAUGCGUCAAGAAUAGAGUUGACUGAUGGAUGGUAUGCUGUGAAAGCUCUGUUGGAUGAACAGCUAUCCCAGAAACUUGCUUCAAAGAAAUUGUUUCUGGGCCAGAAGAUCAGGAUAUGGGGAGCCAAACUGUGUGGGUGGCUUGGGCCUGUUUCACCCUUUCAGGCAUCAUCGACUACAAGUUUGUUAUUGCACAUAAAUGGUACUUACAGAUGUCAUUGGGCUGAAAGAUUAGGACUAUGCAAGCGUGCUGGUGAUCCAUUGGCAUUCAGAUGCAUCAAGGGGAAUGGAGGGGUGGUCCCCAGCACUUUGGUGAGGGUCACAAGGACCUAUCCAGUUCUUUAUAGGGAGAGGUUGAGUAAUGGAAGUUUUGUCGUGAGGUCUGAGAGGUUGGAGGCUAAAGCUCUGCAGUCAUUCAACCAGAGGCGUGAUCUUGUUGCUGAAGGAAUCAUGUCCUCGUUUCAAAGGGAAACAGAAUUUGAUGUUGGGGAUGACCAUGAACUUGAAGAGGGGGCCAAACUUAUGAAGUUACUUGAAACUGCUGCUGAGCCAGAGGUUCUCAUGGCUGGGAUGAGCUCAAAAGAACUAGCUGCUUUUGCUUCUUACAAAGCUAAGCUGCAGGCAAUGAGGCUGUCAGAAAUCCAAAAAGCGAUUGAGAAAGCUGUGCAGGAUGCUGGGCUUGGGGAGAGAGAGACCACUCCAUUUUUGCGUCUUAAAGUGGUCGGUUUGAUGAAAAAGGGUCAACAAGAGUGCAGUCCACUGAAAGGCUUGGUUACUAUAUGGAAUCCAACUCAGAAACAGACAAUGGAGCUGCAAGAAGGGCAGGCAUAUGCUGUUGGAGGUCUUGUACCAUCUAGCUCCGAUUCAGGCAUCCUUUACCUACAAACAAGAGGGUCAACUAGUGAUUGGUUACCAUUGUCCCACAGGAUAAUUGAACAAUUUGAGUCAUUUUUCGUCCCACGUUCAUCAACUACAAUAUCAUGUUUGGGAAGAGUUCCUCUCUCCAGUGAGUUUGACAUGGUGGCUCUCGUUGUGUAUGUGGGAGAGGUGUAUAGACAAGGUCACCAGCAAAGGCAGUGGGUAUUUGUGACCGAUGAAUCUGCAGCUGAGCUUUUCUUGGAGGGAUCACCAGAUGUACUACUGGCCAUCAACUUUUGCUUACCCUACGUUGAAUUUGAUUCAUCUGUGCCAAUGAACUCCAGUGUUGCUGGAUCCGUGGUGGGAUUCUCUAAUCUCACGAAGAGACCAAGAGAUCAAGUAAAUGGCUUGUGGGUUGCUGAAGCUACAGAAAAUUCAGAUUAUUUUCUUAGUUACGAUAAUGGAGUUCGCAGGCAUCUAAAAGAUGCUGCUGCCUCAGUCGCAAAGUGGGCAACUCCCCCGAACCCGAUAAUCGAGAAGCUCAAGGAAAGAGUUCUUUCCAUAAUCAGAAAAUCCAAAACUUAGAUGCUGACACGAUCUAUUUAAGCUCUUUGAUGUAGUAUUGAUUUUUAAUGCUGCAUGCAAAUAUAUAUGCUAGUAGCUGAGAUCUAGUGUAUGAUUUUGGGAUGUCUGUUUUUGAACUGGUUACUAGAUCAAAAGCUUAUAAAUAUGUGGUCAAUUUCAGUAGUUAAAA